AUAUUUUUGAUAGUUUUAUUAUAAAUAAUUAAGACAAAAUGCUUCAAAAAUUAAUUACUCCUUAUUUAGGAACAUUGUUUAAGCAAACAAUGAAACAUGCUAAUAAAAAACCUUCAUUACUGCCAAAUAAUUAUGGGUCGAAAAUUAUUAAGAAAAAAUAUUGUACUUCUAUGAUAAAUGAUGAUGUUUUAUUCAAAGAGAUCAACGGCAAAGGUAUUGUGGUACUUAAUCGUCCUAAGCAGCUAAAUGCGCUGAAUUUGUCUAUGGUGAAAAAAAUUUACCCUAAAUUAAAGAAAUGGGAGGACAAUAAGAGCCUGGUGAUCGUCAAAGGUGCUGGAAGCAAGGCUUUCUGUGCUGGAGGCGAUGUUAAGUAUUUAACAGUCGCUCUUAAUGAGCCAGAAGGACACAAAACUGGACAUGAUUUUUUUCGUGCUGAAUACAGUUUGAACCAUUUGAUUGGAACAUAUGAAAAGCCAUAUGUUGCAAUAAUGAGUGGAAUAACGAUGGGCGGUGGUGUAGGACUCUCAGUACACGGAAAAUAUCGGAUCGCAACAGAAUCAACAGUUUUCGCGAUGCCAGAAACUGCUAUCGGAUUGUUUCCUGAUGUUGGUGGUACCUAUUUCCUCCCACGCUUAAAGGGAAAACUCGGUUUAUACCUCGGACUCACGGGACAACGUCUCAAAGGUGAAGACGUAAAACACGCUGGAAUAGCAACUCACUAUGUGCCAUUAUCAAAACUUGAGGACUUGGAACAAGUCCUCUUAGAGUCAGACGCAGAAGACAUUGACAAAGUGCUCGAAAGUUUCGAAUCUUCAGCAGACACUGAGUUCAGCCUGGACGAAUUCUUGCCACGGAUAGACCAGUGUUUCUCCGCUGACACUGUCGAGGGUAUAAUCGACAACCUCAAAGCAGACAGCUCAGAGUGGUCAAAAAUAGUCCUGGAGAGUCUGCAGAAAAUGUCACCGUCUUCUCUGAAGAUCACCAAAGAAGCUCUUGACCGUGGAAAGAACCUGAGCUUCGAAGAGUGCCUCAAAAUGGAGUUCAGGCUCGUCUGGAGGGCUUGUGAUAGGUCAAGCGACUUUUACGAAGGAGUCCGCGCUCUCUUGGUCGACAAGGAUCUCAAUCCUAAGUGGAACCCUCCGAGCCUCGCAGAGGUCACUGAUAAAUAUGUUAAGAGCAAAUUUAAAGCUCUUGUUCUGAAAGACGAGCUGGAACUUCGAUAAAUUAUUUUAUUAAUAUUUUUAUUUGAAUAAAAAAAAUGAUAGAUGCGAA